ACACACAGCUUCGAGUCAAAACUAUCAGAACGUCUACAGCAGUGAAAGUGUUAACAUGUGCUGCACAAUAAUUUAUCAAACUUAACAAUGUGAGACACGCGUUUUAAAUGUGUUUUUUGUUUGCUGUUUUAUUAAUGGUAACGAUAUCUAAUAAUAUAUAGAAUGCAUCGAAAUCUUCUAAUCUUCAACCUUUGACUAAAACCUGAGACGCCAUUUUGAUGAAGAAAUUUUUUCUCCACUUUCGUCAAUGCAAAUUUCACCGAUAGAUUAUGUAAAUCUAUCGAUGUGCUGUUCUUCACUCCGUUUUGAAGUUUGAAAAGUAUUUCCUGGCACUCACGUCCUAUUGAGUGCUACUUCCUGCUGAGUUGAUUGAGAGUUUUGAUUUCUUUUCCAAUUUCUUCUUUUGAACUUUAUUAUUUUCUAGUUUGCUUUCUAGAAAAUAUUCCUGGUGGCGUAGAAAUUCUUUAUGCCCUUCCUGGCUAAAGAAUAAAAUUUCUCAGUGAAAAACUUUAUUUUCGAGUUUUUCGAGAAAUUUUUGAUUUGUUCAUCCAUGGCCUGGAUUUGUCCUUCGAUGUUAAACGUUUCUUCCGGUGAAGUGAAGAAUUCACUUGAGACAGGCCGAUAUGUUGAAGGCCUUUUCCCGUUGUUUUUAGAUUUUUUAAUUUUAAACAUUUUGAAUUUAGCACAAUUAAUUUAAUUAAUACUUUUUUUGUGAAUACGAGUCUCUCAAAAAAAAUAAUUAAAAACUUCUGCAAAUUUACAAGCGUCACAAAAAACAUGUUAUCUAUCUUAAAAUAUGAACAAAUAAAGAUUUUUUAUGCAACUCAGAA